ACAACCGCCGCGUCUCCCAACGAAGAAGAACCGGAUCCGGUGGAAGUUCUGCAGCAGACUAGUGGAGAAACGUUAACGCUCAACUCAUUUCUCUACCUAGCAAAUUAAGCUGAUAAAGGCCAAAUGGAUAUAACUGAACAGAUAGAGCAGUUAGAGGCAGAUUUUGCGGAGCUGGGGUCACUCUUGGAGAAGUCAGAAAGAAAAAGAGUGCAGGAGGUGCUAAAGCAAGAGCAGAAGACGGUGGAGAAGGAGCUCACAUUCAAACGACAACAAAAAGAGAAACAAGCCAGGAGAGAGGCCGACCCAUCUGCUGCCUCUAAAGCGGCAUACACCGUCAAGAUCAACAACUACGCCUGGGACCAGUCAGAGAAAUUCAUCAAAAUAUACCUUACAUUGAAAGAUGUGCACAAAAUUGCAUCAGAAAAUGUGGAGGUCAACUUUACAGAAAGGUCUUUUUCUGUGUUGGUGAAGGAUCUUGAUGGGAAAAACCAUCAGAUGACAAUCCUCAACCUGUUGUUUCCAAUCAAUGAAAAGGAUAGUUAUCAAAAGAUAAAAACCGACAUGGUCCUUAUCAUGUGCAAGAAGCAGACAACAAAGAAGUGGGACUGUCUAACAACAGUGGAAAAGCAGUUAAAAGACAAAGAUAAACCGAGCGUUGAGGAGAAUGCCGACCCCAGCGAUGGUCUGAUGACCAUGUUAAAGAAGAUUUACACGGAUGGAGAUGACGAGAUGAAGAGAACCAUCAACAAAGCCUGGUCAGAGUCUCAAGAGAAGAAAAUUCGAGGAGAAGAGAUGAUGGACCUCUAAACUCCACUUGCUGCGUGUCAACAGCCGCAACAAGUGCGAGCUGACAGGGAUGCAUUUCACCUGACUUGAAUAUUAAAUGUUACAAGUCCAAUAUGUAAAUCAUAUUUUCACAAAAUCUAGAAUUUCAGUGUACAGCUCAUGAGUACAUUUUUUUGGAUUAAUGUCUAAACCCAGGAUGGCUUAAUUCUGGCCUCGCUUUUAAAAGUAAAUAAAGCAAAAAGCGGUGCGUAAAUACUAUUGAAAAUGCCUGUACAGACAUAAAGGACCAGGCGUCCACCAGAUGGCAAAAACAGAACUGCAGCAUUUAUCACUUUGUUUGAAUAACGUCACAUGACCGGGUUAGAGGACCACAAUGCAGUUUUUUCUCUUGAGUUUAAUAUCUGUUUGUAAGUCAUGGUUAAAAACAGGCCGCUGUUGAUUGAAUACGUGAGACGUGGUGUGAAACGUCACAUUUUGUCCUUGUGCAGCUGAACUGAACUGAAGAUGUGUCCAAGUGUACAUUUGCCAAAGUCCUGCUAACCGUCCUCGAAUGAAGACAAGCAGAGGGCUCCUCUGGCUCCUCUUACAUUCCAUAACCGGUCUAGUUGUAGCUGCUCAUGCCUCAGUCCAGUGUAAUAACGGACUUCACCACGUAGCUCUUUGUUAUACAUAAAAUGUCAUUACUCAUUCCUGUUUUAUAGUGUAAUGCUCUAAAACACUUGGUUAUUCCUUCAUGUGAAUGUUGCAUUUUAUUUUCUUUGUAUUGACAUGUGACCACUAUAUUUACAGUAGCACUGUUCAAAUUGCCUGACUCCCUCCAGCAUUGGUGAAUUCAUCAAAAAUAUGUAUGUUUUACCUGUGCUCUUCUCAGUUUUACGUGUGUUGUUGCCCGCUCUCAGGUUGUUCAUGAAGCUCUCACAAAUAUAAAUCUUGAUUUGAGUCUGUUUG